UGGCUGACCAGAAACCAAAAGGCAAGAAACCGAAGAUGUCCAGGCAUCAUGCAAGCCCCAUGCAGACCGAAGCCCUUGAAGAGGCAUAUGCCGAAAACAAUGCCCCAAACCCAUUACAAAUGAUCGCGCUAAGUGAAACACUUGAACUGGCUAUUGACUGGCUCUACAGCUGGUUUUAUCGCAGGAGAAUGAAGGAUGGCAAGGCGGAAGCAUUGUUGCCCAUUGCAGAAACACCAGCCCCCAUCACAGAUGCCUGCAUAGCUGAGGGGAGCCGUGCUAGGAAGAGGAAAGGGAAGGCUAAGAAAAACGCAGCCCCUGCUGCUGAACCCACCCAAGUGCAAGGUCCCAUGGGUCAAGGGAAUGAGACCCCAUCUCCAAGUCAACGUUUUUCGGACGCCCCAUUCCAUCCCAAGGCUUCACCCUCAGCCUGCCCUUCACCCUCAGCCCGCCCUUCCGCAGUAGCUGGAAAUCGCCAAGACGCCGUCCCUUUCGCAUUGGAACCUAGCUCCGUCUCCUAUCCUUUAGCCCAGCCAACCAGCUCAUCAUCCCCUCCUGCUACAGAGACCCCUCCUUGUUCCAAUCUGCCCAUUUCUCCUGACUCUGAGACAAAUGCAGCUGCUGGUCCUCAGUACGUCUUUGGAUUUCUUUUGCAAAGGAAUAUGCUGAUGUCAUUGCGUUGAC